AUGGAAGAUGCGCAAGACGAUCGAGAGCAACAACGAGGAGCGGGAGGAGGAGGACAAGAAGAAGAAGAAGAAGAAGAAGAAGAAGAAGAAGAAGAAGAAGAAGAGGAAGAGGAGGAGGCUGGAACGCUAAGCCCGUCUUUCCCGAUGGGGAGGGUGAAGAAGAUAAUAAAGUUAGAUCGAGAGAUCAACAAGGUGAACUCGGAGGCUCUCCUCCUCAUCUCUCUUUCUGCCCAACUCUUCCUCGCAUCCCUUUCUGCUGGCGCACGCCACGCGGUCCUACAGAAGAAGCGGCGGAUCAUCAAGCUCGACCACAUCCGCUCUGCCGCCCGCGCCCACCGGCCCACCGCCGCCUUCCUCCUCGAUUGCCUUCCCAAGCCUCCUCCGCCCCCGAAAGCAGUGUCGCCUACCUUAAAAGCCAGAUCCACCGAUGAGAAGCCCCUCCCUCCCGGCGCCCGCCGCAUCGAUGAUUUCUUCCGGAAGCCCUCGGCGGAUACUCAGUGA